CUGCUGCUGACACUUCUGGCGCCCACGGGAUUGGGCAUGGAGGUCAUGGCUCCCACCAUCAUCAAUGCCUUGAAUGGCUCUUCCGUGAAGCUCUCCUGCACCUUCAACUCCUGCUACAAGGUGGAGAACAAGCAGUUCUCCCUCAACUGGACAUACCAGGAGUGCAGGAACUGCUCUGAGGAGCUGUUCCUGCAGUUCCGGAUGAAGAUCAUGAACAAGCAGCUGGAGCGCUUUGGGAACCGGGUGGAGUUCACUGGGAACCCCACCAAAUACGAUGUGUCCUUCACCCUCAAGAACGUGCAGCUGGAGGAUGAGGGCACCUACAAUUGCUACGUCCUGAACCCCCCGGACCGGCAGCGAGGCCACGCCAGCAUCAGCCUGAAGGUGCUUACUAAAGAGCCCCCGAAGCACGACUCGACGGUGGCUGUCAUCGUGAGCGCCUCGGUAGGUGGCUUCUUGGCCGUGGUGAUCCUGGUGCUGCUGGUGGUGAAAUGCGUGCGCCGGAAAAAGCAGCAGAGGCUGAACACGGACGACCAGAAGACGGAGGAGGAAGGGAAGACAGAUGGCGAAGGCAACCCAGAUGAGGGCACCAAGUAA